AACCACAAAUUCUCCACUUUGUGCGGCCGCACACGGCCGCCGGAAAUCUCUAUGCUCCUCUAUCAGACUGUCGCCGCCGUUGCCAAGCCCUCAUCUCCGUCAUCAAUCUCCCUCCAUCAGCUCCUCCUCCGCUCCCAAUCCCUUUCCCAAACGAAACAAUCACACGCCCAUGCCUCCACCUCCGGUCUUCUCUAUCACAAUCCCUCCUCCUUAGCGGCUCUCAUCAUCUCCUACUCCUCCUUCAACGACCCCAUCUCCUCUCUCCAGCUCUUCCAUCUCAACCCCUUCAAGCCCCGAAGCGCAUUCCUAUGGAACUCACUUGUCCGCGCUCUUUCUCAAUCCGGCCUCAAUUUCCAAUCUUUUUCCGUUUAUAACUCCAUGAUUCAGAACUCCGUCUCGCCUGACAAUCGCACCUUCCCCUUUGCCCUCUCCGCCUGCUCUGCCGCUGUUUCUUGUGAUAUUCGAGCUGAAGAUAAGGGGAAGGAGCUGCAUGGUGGUCUUAUAAAGCUGGGGUUUUUCUCUGAUGUCUUUGUUGGCAACACACUCGUAGCAUUUUAUGGCGCGUGCAGGGACGCUGGAAGUGCAUGGAAGGUGUUUGAUGAAAUGCCUAACAGAGAUAUCAUUUCGUGGAAUUCAAUGAUUUCUGUAUUUUUUAAUAAUGAGUUGUAUAGAGUAUCAAUGAGGUUCUUCUCGGAGUUGGUGAGGUCUGGAUUGGGAGUUAAUUCUGUUAGUUUUGUUAGUGUUCUCCCUGCUGCUGGAGCUAUGCAAGAUGGAGUUUUUGGAGAUGCAAUACAUGGAUAUGCGGUUAAGGUUGGAUUGGAUUUGAAUGUAACGGUUGGAAAUGCUUUGAUUGGUGUUUAUGGAAAGUGUGGAGAUUUGGAAGGAUCAAUGCAGGUCUUUGAGAGUAUUAUGGUUAAGAAUGAUGUUUCAUGGAAUUCUAUUAUUGGGAUUCUUGCUCAUGCUGGGCUUUCUAGAGAUGCUCUGGAGAUGUUUAAGGAAAUGUUGUCCAGUGAAAUGGAGCCUAAUGGUAUAACAAUGGCUAGCCUCCUGCCUUUAGUUGUGCCCAAUCUUUUUCAUUUGGGGAGAGAAGUUCAUGGAUAUUGUGUUAAGAAUGGAAUGGAUUCCGAUGUAUUUGUUGCAAAUUCACUGUUGGAUAUGUAUGCAAAGUGUGGGUUUUUGAAGAAGGGGGCUGUUGUUUUUGACAGGAUAAAGAAUAAGAACGUUGUCUCAUGGAAUGCUAUGAUAGCAAAUUGCACACAAAAUGGAGAUGAAAUGGAAGCAAUCAAGUUACUUGGUGACAUGCAGCUUAUUGGGGAAACUCCUAAUGGUGUCACCUUUACAAAUGUGCUUCCAGCUUGUGCUAGAAUAGCUUCUCUAACGAAGGGAAAGGAGAUCCAUGCCAAAUCAAUCCGUGACGGUUACAAUAUUGAUUUGUUCGUAUCCAAUGCUUUAAUCGACAUGUAUGUUAAAUGCGGACAGUUGAAUCUUGCCAGAAAUCUCUUCGAUGUAUCCGAGAGGGAUGAAGUUUCAUAUAAUGUGUUGAUUCUGGGUUAUUCUCAGAGCUCUUGGUGCUUGGAAGCUUUGAUUCUGUUUCAGGAAAUGAGAGUUAUGGGAAUGUUGUAUGAUACUGUUUCCUUCAUAGGAGUCUUAGCAGCAUGUGCCAAUCUGCCUGCGGUCAAGCAUGGAAAGGAAGUUCACUGUUUCUUAAUGAGGAAUCAGAUUGACUCCGAUCUUUUUAGCUGUAACUCGAUAUUGGAUAUGUACAACCGGUGCGGGCGGGUAGAUCUAGGUAGGAAAUUUUUUGAUAGAUGCCUCAAGAGGGAUGUGGCCUCAUGGAACUCAAUGAUAAUUGGUUAUGGAAUGCAAGGUGAUCUGGAAACUGCGUUAGAUUUAUUUGAUAGAAUGGAAGAUGAUGAUGUAGAGCAUGACCAUGUAUCUUAUGUGGCGGCCUUAUCGAUCUGCAGCCAUGGCGGGCUAGUUGAGCGGGGAAAGAAGUACUUUGAUCAGUUAUUAGCUCAGAAAAUUAAUUUGACACAAAUGCAUUAUGCUUGCAUGGUGGACCUCCUCGGACGAGCUGGUCAAAUGGAUGAGGCUGCUAACUUCAUCAAAAACAUGGCAUUUAAAGCAGAUUUCAAUGUUUGGGGAGCAAUGCUUGGGGCUUGUCGUGUUCAUGGCAAUAUUGAGCUGGGUAGGUGGGCAGCAGAGCAUCUUUUUGAGCUGAAACCUGGGCAUAGUGGGUAUUAUGUAUUAUUAGCAAACAUGUAUGCUGAAGCUGGAAGAUGGGAUGAGGCAAAUAAGAUAAGGUUACUAAUGAAAUCAAGAAGUGUUAAGAAGAAUAAAGCUUAUAGCUGGAUAGAAAGUGGCAAGAAGCCAGGGACCUUAUUAAUGGGGGAAAUGAUUGAGGGACGCGAGGAAGAUCUAUCUUAUGCAGCUCCUUGAGUGAAUGUGCCCUGUUUCCAACUCUCUUUGAUGUUUUAUAAGCCAAGAGAUAGAAUCAUAUUUCUAUUUGGCAACAAAUUGGUUGGCCAAAAUACCUCAGUUGAAUUUGAAACAAGCAUAUCAAGAAUGCAAAUCAAAAUGACUUUUCUUGGCAUAAGAGGUGAAUUAGUCUACGUAGAAGUUGACUGGAAAGUGAUUGAGUAACUUUGAGGCUAAGAGUUUAGUGUUGAGAAACAUCUGUGAGAGAAUGUAAAUCUCUCAUCAAACAUGAUCUGUGGUUUUCAAAUAUUCCACCAAACUAAGCCCAAACAAUGAUAACUCGUGAAAGAUCACAAACACUCCGAAGCAGGGUAUGAAGGUGAACUAGUUUCUGCAGCAAUUGAUUGACAAGUGAUGGAGCAACUUUGAGACUAAGAAUUUAGAGUUGAGAAACGAACAAGAGAGAAUUCAAAGCUCUUAUCAUCCUUGAUUCGUGGUUUUCAAAUAUUCCACUAGACUAUGAAGGAAUUAUGCAUUUGCAUCACUUCUUUGUGGGAGUCUGGAACUUGCAGCAGAACUUAUUGAAUUCUGGACGAUAAGUAGAGAAGUGGACUUAAAGAGUUUCAUCAAAUGGUUGCAGUAAGCUUCUUGUCGCCCAGUUCAGUCUAUGAUUCGAAUGCCAAAUAUCGUUCGGAGAUCAAGAUCAACCAGAAUGUGCCUCAUCACCCCUUUGCUCGGUACCGUGGCUUAGUACUGCUCGUUGCCAUGGCUCGGUACCGCUGACGUGGCGCAUUUUGAUUAGUCUCCGGACAACAUUCUACGUUCCGUUUCCGCAUAGAAUAAUCUCCUAUGAUUCAGCUGAAUAAUGUCUUUGGAUGGUUACAUCGGUUUAAAACUCUUCAGAGAGCAAAUUGUUCUUCAAAAUUGUCAGAUACCAAUGUGCUGAAAGCCUGAAAUUGGUACU